CUACCAAAGGGUACUGCGAGGAAACUCAUACCUAAGUUCAUUGGCCCUUAUUGGAUUAUCAAUGACUUUCGCAAUAACUUGUUCUGUGUGGAACUGCCAGCGCAUCUACAACAGCGAGGGGUUCACAAUGUCUUCCAUGCUUUGUUGUUGAGGAUUUAUGUCCCGAAUGACGAC